AUGCACGAGGAUCAAAAGUUUAAUGCCGGUCUCAACCAAGUAAUAAAGGGGAAAAAAACAGACGGACAAAAAAAACACGUUACUGUCAUUGGCUGCGUUGCUGAUGGUGUUGCUGAUGUUAUGUCUGGUGGUGUUGCUGUUCCUGCUAUAAAUCUUGGUCGACACUGGAUAGCACACACUAUGACAAAUAUGUUUCCAAUGUUUUCUAUGAUAAAUAUUAGUAGUGGUGGUGGUGAUCGUAGUAGCAGUAGUGAUAGCAGUAGCAGCAGCAGUAGCAGUAGCAGUAGUGGUAGCAGUAGUGGUAGCAGUAGUGGUAGCAGUAGUGGUAGCAGUAGUGGUAGCAGCAGCAGUAGCAGUAGUAGUGGUGCUAUUCCAACACGAGCAAACAAUGAUUUUGAUGCAACAUUAACAAACCCCGGAAGCAGAUUCCACAAGCUUUUCUUCUGCACCAUCUGA